AUGGCAGACGUCUCGACAGCCCUGUCGUCUCGGCAAAAGGCCAAGCUCGACGAGGUAGCCGACCUCAUGCUCGAGAUCUACCGUACCCUGGGGGAAAUGCGCAUUCUAGACCCCGCCGGCAUCGAGGAAGGGCCGCAUAACCUCACACACUUGCUGCCGAUUUCUCGCGAGCACGGCCUAGCGCCCGAGGUCGUCUAUCUCUACUCGCACCUCCCCUACAUAGGCCCAGCAGCCGGCGUCACAGACUUCCUCUGGGGCUCCACCUUCGCCGACUACCGGGACGCAGACGACAUCUCGCAAGGCCGGGACCCAUUCUACGCUAGCCCAGAGCCCGACGCCGGCUUCGAAGCCGAGGACGGCGAGUACAUGCGCGCCUGGUACACGCCGCUGGUCAACAUGGGCAACCACCAGAGCGUAUGGAUCUACGACGCGCGGAAGCAUCGGAUCUGGAGCAUCGACCAGGAGGGCUGGAUGUCGACCGAUCCGGCGCUGGAAGGGAAUAAUUAUGGGCCGGACAAUGUGCGCAAUCGCAAUCGGUUCGACCAGAUCCCGUCUCGGCCCGCUGGGGAGUUCUUGCGCGAUAUCGUGGGGUGGCUUCGUACUUUGGAGCUCGUGCCUGGAGGCGGCGAACAUGAUGGCGGGAACUGGGAUGCGGAUGCUUGGCGGGCGCUGUAUAGGUCCCACGGCUGGCCGGACCAUUUCGACGGGGACGCCUUUGAGGUUGCCAGGGCGCGGUGGAGCUGUGGGGUGGAUGCGCAUCACGAUGCCGAAGAGCCGUUGAGGGCGGUGGAGAAGUUCGUGAUGUGGUCGAGACACGGCCAAGGCGAUAUUGAGAAGGCGAAGACGGCUGUUAUGGAUCUCAAGGAUGAUGAUGCGAGAUGGGUUGGUAAGAUCGAGGUCUGGAAGGCUGAGAAAAAAGCGGCUAGGAUCCAGCGCGAAUUGGGGAAAGCUAGAGAUGAAGCAGAUCAUCUGUGUCCAGAUGGCAUCUGCCAAAAAGCAGAGGAUCUGCCUCUCUGGGAGGCCGAAUCCUGUCGUUCUGCAGCAGAAUCGGCGGUCCCGGAUGAAGAUGGAAAAAAGAAGGAGGCUGCGACUCUGCAGCUUGCCUACGAAGCUUCGCUGGCCGAUGCCCAGCGUCUACGUCCAAAUACAACAUUCCAAGCUGCAACCAGGCGUGAUCCCCCCGGACAAGACCGUACAGCGCGAGACAUUGAGUGGAAUGAGAAGUUUAUCGCGGAGUUUGAAAUCGAGCUCGAUGAACUGAAGGCAUGGGGCGAGCGGGUUCCCACUACGGCUACGAAGGCUCGAGAGGCGGUGCGGAGCGAAGUCGAGAAGUACGAGGAGGGCCUGAAAAGCGCUAGAGAGCGGCUGGAGAGGAGCAGGAAGUGGUUGGCGGCUCAUCCUGGUGACUCUGAGUAG